AUGGCGACCGGUUCGGGCUGGCAGCAGUAUUACUGCCCCGCUGGUCAGGGGAAAUACAACUCGUCCUCCGCGUCCUUCCAGUCCGGCUUGACCAUGGAAUACACACAAGACCUGCACUUAAAGAUGAGCAAGAAAAUCGCACAGCUAACAAAGGUUAUCUAUGCAUUGAACACAAAAAAUGACGAGCACGAGGCAGCUAUCACCACCCUGAAGGAGGCACAUGAGGAGGAGGUGCAGCAGAUACUGUCUGAGACCAGAGAGAAAAUCCUACAGUACAAGAGUAAGAUCAGUGAUGAGAUGGACCUGAAGAGGAGAAUACAGUCUCUGGAGGAGUCUAUGGAGCUCUAUGAAACGAUGAAGAGACAAGCCCUGGCUGAGUUUGAGAACUAUCGCCAGAGGGUGGAGGACAUGCAGCUCUGCACGGAGGCACAGCACACACAGCGUGUUGUAUCCAUGUCAAGGGAAGUGGAAGAAAUACGGAGAUCUUUUGAGGAAAAGCUGCAGUCUUUCAGUCAGGCGCAGGCACAGUUUGAGCAGGAGAAGGCGGCCGCUUUGGAGGAGCUUAAAACUGAGCACAGACAGGAGAUCCAGGAGCUUCUUCUCAGCCACCAGAGCCAGAAUGCAAACUACAGUAAAGACCAAGAGAAACUGGGACAGCUCCAUAAAGCAGAGGUCGAUUCUCUGACGGAGCGGGUGGAGGAGCUCAAACAGGACAAGAAGAGACUGGUGGAGGAGUACGAAGUGAAACUCAGCAAGGCUCAGGCCUUCUAUGAGCGUGAGCUUGAGGCCAUGAAGAGAACCCAACAGCUGACUGCCGACAAUCUGCUGGCAUGGAAACGUACCGAGGCUGAGCUACGGCGAGAAUUCCAAACCCAGGAGGCGGCACUCCAGAAAACUCUUGGAAAACUGAGAGCUGAAUUAGCAAGGGUAACUGAUGACGCUCGAGAAAACCGGGAAAAGUCCUACAAGCUCCACUCUUCACUCAGCACUUCUGAGAGCACUAUCAAGGACUUAAGCAAGCAGCUGGACGAGGUGACUCAAAACUCAGAGAUUGUGGAGAUUCGCCAGAAAGAAGCUGAGUGUGAACUGGAGGCAGCCAGAGACCGAGUUCAACAACAAGCAACGGAAAUACUUCUUAAAGCCAGUCAAAUCAGCAGCUUGCAGGCCACCCACAUGACACAGGAAGCAGCAAUAAGGGAUCUGAAUAACGAGCAAAGUCGUGUGAAGGACAAGGUGGUGAGGAUGGAAGAAGAGAUGGAGGCCCUGCAAAGCCAAAGCCAGGCGCUAGACGAGCGUCAGAAACAACAGAUUCUGUCUCUGGAGAAGACUCUUAAUGAAGAAAGGGCUUCCCAUGAAAAGGCCAUAAACAGUGUGCAAGCUCACUACAAGGAAGAAGCAGCCCAGAUGGCAGAAAGCCAGGUUCGAACUCUGGAGGAAGCGACCAAAAAACACAGAGUAGCCCUGGAGAAUGCGCUUAACAAUGCUGAGAAGGAGAAGAAUCGGCUGCUGGCAAAUCUAGAGCAGCAGUUUCAGAGGGAGCGUCUGUCACUGGAGGAGCAGAAGAUUCUUCUCAGACAGCAGCUGGAGGAGCUGAGAGAAGAGCUGACGUCAAAACUAGCUGCAGCAAGUGAGGAGGUCUCACGGCUACAAGAGAAGGUGAAGCAGGGGGAGCAGGACAUUGGAGCUGCUGAGGGACAAGUCUCCACACUGAAGGGGGCACAAGACAAAUUGCUGGAGGAGCUGGAUGCUACCAGGGCCCGGCUGAGAGAGACGAGCAACCUGCUGACUGCGCUACAGGGAGAGCUGGAGACCCAAACCCGUCAUCAUGAGGCCAAAGUUAUCUCGACCAAAGAAGAGGAGAAACAUAAAAUGGACAAGAUGGCUCUGGAGCUGGAGCUCAAAUGGACUGAAACGCUCAGGCAGGAGUGUAAGAAGCUACGUGAGGAGCUGAGGGAGGAGCAUGAGGAGGACAAGGCAUCAGCAUUGAAGAAGCUGGCACAAAGCAAGGAGCAGGAAUUGAACAACGCCAGGGAGAGCUGGCACAGGAAAGUGGAAGACCUGGUGGAACAGAUCUCUCUGUUGAAGCAGAGUCUGGAGAUGCAGUUGUCCCAGUCCCAGUCAUCGCUGCAGCAGCUGCAGCACCAGUUCAGCCAGGAGCGAGAGCACCUGAGGAUGCAGUUACACGAGCUGCAGACAGAGCACCAGAGGCGACAGCAGCGUCUGCAGGAAGCACACUGCUGUGCCGUGCAGGACCGGGAGCAUGCCAGGCAGAGGGACCUAAAGGACUUAGAGGAGCGUCUUCGGCAUCAUCACCAAGCCGAGCUGCAGUCUCUGAGAGAGGCCCACCGCCAGACCAUCGAGACCAUCAAACAGCAGUCAGAACAAGAGCUGCAAACACUGCGCUUUGAGCUGGAGGAUGAAGGCAAAGCCAUGCUGGCCUCUCUGCGAUCAGAGUUGAACCACAUCCAUGCAUCAGCCAUCGAACACCUGAAACAAACCCACCAACAGGACAUCGCUGCUGCUAAACUGGAGGUGGAGAAAACAGUAGAGACCAACCAGAUACAGGAGCGAGAACUGUUGGUGCGGAUCUCUGAGCUACAAGAAGACUUGUCCAGGAGGAAGAACCACAUCGCUCAGCUGGACCACCAGAUCCACACACUCAACGAGAACAUCAGCACUCUCACAAAGGAGCUGGAACUUAAAGGAAAGGAAGUGCUCAAGAUUCGCAGUGAGGCCAAUCAGCAGAUAAGGGCUUAUGAGCAAGAGUUUAGUAAGAGGCAUGAGAGGGAGAUUGCAGAGAUAAGCGCUUUGCACAACAGAGAGAUGCAGACAAUGCUGUCAGACUUCAACAAAGCCCAAGAAGUCCUCAAAGACAAGAUCUCCGCCCUUCAGAUACUGCUGGAAGCAACAGAGGAGAAGUUCAGGAACAGGGAGAGCCGUCCUGAGGAUCUGCAGGCCAUUGCUGAGCUGAAGGAGAUGGUGUCUGAGAGGGAGUCUCUCGUUAAGAAACUGGUGGAUGACAAGAAGUUCUACCAGCUGGAGCUGGUCAACAGGGAGACCAACUUCAGCAAAGUCUUCAAUGCAAGUCCUAAUGUAGGAGUUAUCAACCCCCUGAUCAAGCAAAAGAGAAAGAAUGAGAAAACAACAGCCAGCAGACUGAGCAGCUCUACCAAUCUCAGAGCUCUGGAGGCAGCAGGCAAGGGCAUAGGUGUGGUGGGUACAAGAAGGGGGCAGCCCCCACAGCCGCACCUGCCCAGCCAUCCAGAGCCUAUCCCCAACUCCCCCCUCCAACACCUUGACCUCAACUCCGACAAACCUCUUCCCCUGCCGACCCUUCCCAACGAACCCAAGAAAUUCACGAGCCCUCCUGAAACAAAGGAGUCCGACCUCGACAUCCCAGAAGAAGAGCGCCAGGAGUGGUUUGCUCAGUAUUUUUCUUUUUGAUUGACCAUAAACACGAAACAAGUAUUCACCACAUCAUCUGUGCCAGAAACAACGAAAGAUACUGAAAAAAGAGAAACAUUACAAUCAUUUAUUUUUCAUGAACAGGUUCAGGGAUCAAUUUACUUUGGAGUCAGUCAGGUACACUGCAGUUAAAGAAUGGAAAUUAGUUCUCAUUUAGCUGUUAAUAAACAGCACUGAACGUGAUGUCAUUUAUUUUCUCUUUCUUAGAAUAUUCCGGUUGUCCACAUCCUGGUUUGACUGAGAAGAAACUGAAUUGAACUCUAACUUGAUUGUCAAACGUCAUCAGUUUUAUCACGCUUUGGUUUUCACUGUGAAUGAGUUCUCUCUUUUAACGGUGACGGUGAUCAUUAGUGUGUUUAUUUUGCUACUUCUUCUUUCUCUGUUUCUGGAAACUAGAAUUAAAAUGAGUAUUGUAUUUUUAUCAUUGUGGGAAUACAGUAAGAAAUAUAUAUGUAAAGACAUAUCUGUUGUAGGUUAUCGUGCUGUCUGUAUGUGAGCCCUCUGAGUAAUGCGUCUUAGAAUAGGGAGCUGAUCUGAGGCCAGUGGGCUUCCUGAUUCAUGGUGUCACUUACAUGAACCUGAUCUUGGGUCAGUUACACUUUUCUAACAUGCUCCAAGAAUAAAGGCUCAGAUUUUAGAACAGCAUCAUCAUGGCAAGUUUGUUAUAACCGCAUAGACGUUUCAGCAGAUUUUGGUAGAAGAUAAAAUACCAGUUUUUAAUGGCUGUCUCAAUACAGAUAUAAUGAUGUCUCAUCAAUUUUAAAAACAAAAAUAGCAAAUUUUAUAUUUCUAAUGUGUAUGCUUAAUAAAUAAUUGUGACAUUU